CUCCAUUUUAUCAUUUAUCAGAUCCGCUUCCAGGGUCUGUUUGCUUCGGGUUUUACGAAUCUUGACAUUUGAUUGUUGAAGGUAUCUUUGAUUGUGGCUUUCCGACUUCAGCCCAUUGUAUUGCUCACUACCUUUGGGGUGUUUGCGGCUGUCCUUUUGCAAUAUUUAUCUCUCCCUUGUACAACCACACCCGAACCACCAACCAUGUCGGCUGGGAUGAAAUCUAUUGCUUACUUUGUCAACUGGGCCAUCUAUGGGCGCAACUACAACCCACAAGAUCUGCCCGCCGAAAAGCUGACACAUGUGCUCUACGCUUUUGCCAACAUCAAUCCAGAGAGUGGUGAAGUUUAUUUGACCGACAGCUGGUCUGACGUCGAGAAGCACUACCCCGGUGACUCAUGGAAUGAUACCGGCAACAAUGUCUAUGGUUGCAUCAAGCAGCUCUUCCUGCUGAAGAAGCAACAUCGCAAGCUGAAGGUCCUGAUUUCUAUUGGUGGUUGGACGUACUCUGCCAACUUUGCUGGCCCUGCUAGCACUGCAGAAGGUCGGGCGAGGUUUGCCGAGUCAUCUACUCGACUUGUUCUUGAUCUCGGACUUGACGGUAUUGAUAUUGAUUGGGAGUAUCCCAAAGACGAAAGCCAAGCUCAGAACUUGGUCGACCUGCUGCGGGCAUGCCGCGAGAGCCUUGACAGAGCGGCUGGUCCCAACCGCAAGUUCUACCUUUCGAUUGCUUGUCCUGCAGGGCCAAGCAACUUCACCAAGCUCAAGCUGCGCGACAUGACGCCUCUGCUGGACUUCUACAACCUGAUGGCGUACGACUAUGCAGGCAGCUGGGACCGCAAUGCCGGUCACCAGGCCAACAUGUUCCCAUCCAAGUCGAACCCGCCCUCGACGCCGUUCUCGACCAUCGCCGCCCUUGAACAUUACACCGAAGUGGGUGGCGUGCCACCCAAGAAGAUGAUUCUCGGAAUGCCGCUGUACGGACGUGCAUUCGAGAACACCGAUGGGCCUGGCCACCCGUACAGCGGUGUCGGCCAGGGCAGCUGGGAGAAUGGAGUUUGGGACUACAAGGCUCUGCCGCGUCCUGGUGCUACAGAGCAUCUUGAUACGGAAGCGGACGCAUCCUGGAGUUAUGACGGUGGCUCGCGCACUAUGAUCUCGUAUGAUAAUGUCGAGAUGAGCCAGAGGAAGGCUGCAUUUGCCAAGUAUCGGCAGCUCGGUGGAGGUAUGUGGUGGGAGAGUAGCGGUGACAAGGGAGGCAAGGAGGGUGAUGCAGCACAGGGCAGUCUGAUCGGCACCUUUGUGAAUGGCAUUGGGGGCGUCGGUGCAUUGGAGCACAUAGAAAAUGCUCUCGAUUAUCCCGAGAGUAAGUAUGACAACUUGCGUGCUGGGUUUCCCGGCCAGUAAGUAGAUCGUACUAUCACUAUCAGUGCAUGACGGCGAGGAGGUAUGCAAUAUGCAUGACAUAGGACCGGGCCGAGGCGGUUUGUUCAUAGUCGUUCGUUCCCUUACGCAUCAGCACAGUGAAUGCAGUCUAUCGUUUACAUAUUACAGAAGGCCAAUCGAGAUUGGCCGGAACCAAUUUUGGGGUGACUUUUUUUGUAUUC